AUGCUUAAAAUAUUUAAGAAAGCAUUUUCAAAAAAUAAGAAAUCUCUUACAUAAUCAUUUUAGUCAGAACAACCAGAACUUCCUCCUAUUCAUAAAGCUUCAACAUAAGACUUUUAAAUAAUUGAUGAAAAAACAAUGGAUACAAUUUAAGAAACAUAUCAAUAAAAAUAAAGAAGUCAAUCAUUUGAAGCUAGAGAAGAACCUCUUAAAUAAUAAGAAGAAUUUAUGGAAUAUGUAGUAUAAGAAGAUGAUUCAUUUUUUGGAAUUGCUCUUAAGUUUAGUGUUAAUGAAGGAUAUUUAAUGAGGAUCAAUAAUCUAUCUAGUGAUAUGAUUUUUAAAAAUUAGAUUUUAAAAGUCCCAAUAACAAAUCAACCUCGUUUUUCUAUUGUAAAGAUUCCUGAUUAAAUUAAACAUCCUGAAAAUAUAUGGGAAUAAGAAAAAUUUAGUUAGAAAUGUAAUUCUUUAUUAAUAUCAAUUAUAUAGUUGAAGUGAUUUAUUGUAAUAACAAAUAAAAUUCUAAUGGAACUUUAACUUUAACAGGUGAUAUUGUAUUGUUUGAUCCAUGCUAAUAAGAAUAGAUAUAAGAUAAAUAAAAUAAAGUACGUAUGAAUGCUUGUAUUUCUAUGAUUGAUAUCAAUGAAGCUGUAACUUAUGUUUUAUAAAAUUAAAAUGGAUGUUUAGAUUAUAUUGUAUAAAUCCUAUUAUCAGGUAUUGGCAAACCUUAAUUUGAAAAAAAGUAUUCUAAACAAUUAAAAAAAUAUAAGAAAUAAAAAAAGAGUAUCGCAACUGUAUUUUUUAGAGUAUGAUAAUUUAUUUAAAUAUAUUAAGCAUGCAGAAAGAGAUAGAGAUGGAAAAUUAUACACUGAAGAAAUUAAAAAGACUAAUUGUGCAUUUAUUGCAAAAUUUAUAAAUGAAGCUUGUACUGGAUAUUCUGAAUAAUCUAAAUUAACAAAAUUACCAUAUAUAGAUUUAAUUGAAGAUUCUAAAUAGAAAAAAUAAAUGGAAACUGAUGAAAUUUAAGAUGUUAUUGGUGAAAGAAUGGGAAGUAUAUUAUAUAUAUAUACAUAAUAAUUUUAGAAUUAUGGGCUUGUUUAGAAUAUGUGCCUGUUCUAAAAGAAACCUCUAAUUGUUUCACUAAUACUACUUACAAACAAAUUAUUGAAUAAAUUCCAGCUGUAUAUCGUUUAGCUGAAUGGGUUAAAUAAUAUAAUAUUGAUGAUGAUGGAUCAAGCUUUUUAAAUAUGCUUUAUGAAAUUAAAAAUAAAUCUCCAAUCAUUAUUAUUAUAAAGGAUUUUGAUAACUUUAUAUUUGGAACUUAUAUUUCAACAGAGAUUCAUUAAUAUAGUUUGGGAUUUAAAGGAAAUGGAGAAACCUUUUUAUUUAAUUAUGAUUAAGAAGUAUAAAAUAUAUUUAAUUUAUUUUAGAAAAAUGAAAUUAAACCAUAUUUUUGGACAGAAAAAAAUAGAGAUUUUAUUUAUUGUGAUGAAACAGGUUUAGGUAUAGGUUGUGGAGAUAAAUUUGGUUUAUUUAUUGAUCAAAGUUUAACAUUUGGAUAUUCAAAUCCAUGUGAAACUUUUGAAAAUAUAAGAUUUACUAAAUCUGAAAAAUUCAAAAUUAUGCAUCUUGAAGUUUGGGCAAUUUUGCAAUAAUGA